GAUUGGUGCGCAUGCCGGUGAAUGUGUCUUUCAUUCUCAUAAAAACCGCUCGUAGUAAUAUUUCUGAGAAGGAUGAAACUGUUGAGAAUGCUUCAGAGAAACGCUACCUCUUGCUGUACGAAUGGACGGACCAAAGUAAACUGUCGCGCAUUGAUGCAAUGUGUCUGCCUUCUCUUGCUGCUGGGGGUAAUUGUGGAGAUUAUACUGCUACAUUUUGUAUUGUACUACAUCUAUUCAUCGUCCAAAGAAAUGUUACAAGCUUUUGGUAGCGUAAAGGGCAGCUUUAUGGAUAAACUACUGACGAUAGACGUAGCAAGAAACGCCAUUAAAAUAGGAAAAAAUGGGGGAAUUUCUUCGCUAAUGGAAAAUACAUUAGACAGGCUGUAUCUAAUGCCAGUUCCGCUUAACAGAGAGGUCCAGGACACAACCAGGAGGAGCAAUAUCAUAUACCCCCAAGCUGAGCUGUAUGUUUUGGGGGUUGAUGUUUCAGAAGCUGGAGAAGCGCUGUAUGUAUACAAGAAAAUCCUAAGGAGGCGAAAGUUUCCAUAUGCUCGGCUGGUUGUUGACAUUGGUGCAAAUGAUGGGUUUUUGUCAAGCAAUUCUUAUAAUUUCAUUCACUGGGGAUGGAGUGCUAUUCUGGUUGAACCACAGCAUUCUCAGCUUGACCUGGCAAAGAAAAAUAUUGAGAGGUACAGAGGUUUAUUCCCCAGAAACUCACAGAACAUCACAUUUGUCGAGGCUGUGAUUGGAACAAGGAAUGGUUUAGAAAACUUUGUACUUUCCAGUGAUGCGGUGAAUAUGGAAAGCCAUGUUUUGAAGUCUUCAGACUCUCACAAAUUUGAUAUUGGUCACAUUAUGAAAGUUCCCAGCAUGACCGUGAGAACAUUCACUGAAGAGCACAACGUGCCCCAGUACUUCGGGGUGCUGUCGCUCGAUGCUGAAGGGAUGGGAGACAAGAUUUUACAUCAAUGGAUCAACCUCAACUUUCGGCCAGCUUACAUCAUAUAUGAGCAGUUGCACAACUCCGAACCGUUCGAGGUUAUGCUGGAAUACCUGGAAAAUGUUGGAUACGCCUGUAUUUCUAAGCGAGGCUGGAACUACAUAUUUGAGUACAAAAGGAGAUAGUUAGCCCUGGACGUACCACUGGGCAUUUAUUGUCUGUUGACCACGAAUUUAUCGACCAUGCCCCCGCAACAAUGGCCGACAUGUUUUUCCCGUCCUUGGGCCCACAUAUUUAUAUAUAUUUAUGAGUUAGCUCCCUUAGAUGGGACUCGUCAGUCGAUUGAAAUGGAGCCGCCUGACAAACUUCGUCGAGUUCAACUUUAAAAUAAAUCCAACCACCUGGACAUUUUUCAUUGAGUUGGACAUAUAGUUCAUUUUAUUGUUUUUCUUUCUUUUUUAUGAGAGUUACUUAGCAUAGGCGGUUUUUGAAGUACAAACAUUCCUGCUACAUUGUGUACAUGUACUGAAAUAAUGUUUUUUUUUUAGUAAUAUUUUUUCUGCAACGUCAGUUUUGUAUUUUCUGCAACCAUACAACCAUGGUUGCAACUGUCGUAAGAUUGUGAAUUUUGAUUAUUUUUCAAAGAUUUGGCUUUUUCCAGAUCACAUGAUAUAGUGUGACGAAGUUUUAUAUACCUGUUUUUCCAAACUGAUAAUGUGCCAAAAUUACAUAGGUUUAUGUAGGUUUGCUUGAUAUAACUUUCAGUACACAUACAGAAGUAGCGUAUAUUAAUAUAUACAAUUCUCCCGUGGAAGGGCAAAUCAUCUACAGUGUAACUUGACUAAAAAGUGGACUCAUUUGUCUCCAAACACAAUCUUUUUUUCUAAUUUAGUGACCAUGUUUCAGUGCGAUGACUUUGCAGUUCUAUUCAGCCCCAAAAGUAGAAUAAUUAAUAUAUUUGUACAGUAUAUGCACUCAUCGGUGUUGAGUUAUUUAUUUCAUUAUGGUUUAUCGUCAUUCCAAGAUCAUUUCACUUAGGACGGGUUGCAAGAUUCAUCAGUGAAGGAAAGAUAAGUAACCGUUGUAACCACCGAUUUUGGCGCGUUACUGACAAUUCCCCAAAAUCAGACGCACGCCUUUUUUCUGAGCCAAAGGCUUGAUCAAAAAGUGUAUGUAUGCAUGUGAAUAACAUUGAUUUCAAUCGGAAGCAAGCCAACGCGAAUAGGCCGGCAAGUUUACCACCAAGGCCCAGUACAAACAUAGAUGUUUCUUUCCACCGAUUCUCCUGAAUACGAGUUAAAAUUAAAAUGCUUGUAUUAAUCAAUCUACACCAACCUUUCUCCGACAUGCAUAAAGUUAAUGUUGAAUUCUGGAUAAAUUGUCACAAUGGUCUUUGUUGACCCGUGGUUCUCCAAGCAAAAGCGUCAACAAUUGAGCUGAACGUCUGUAUCAUUUUUUCAGGCAGGCUUAAAUAGUCAAUAACACCUGAAUUGGUCUCUAAGCCGAUAUAGCUCCUUCAGAACUUCCGGGGC